AUGUUGGUAUGUUACGGGAUAACUUAUUUCAUAACGUGUUUAAUGAAACUCAACCGGAACUAAUACUAUUAAGAUAGCUGCAGCAAUGUGUCACAUGCGAAAUGGUUCUGACAGGGAAAGGACAUUAAUUGUGAUGCUUACACAGAUGAUACAUAGCGUUUUUUAAACGGAUAUUCUGAUAGUGUCGAUAAUGGCUCGGGUUGUGAAAGUGUUUGUAACUCUGCGGAAUCAUUGGAAGAAGUCCACAGUCGCUGCGUGUGCCCUAUCAUACGGUGGACACUGGCUGUAUGGUAAACACUGUGAUAAUCUGCUGCGAAGAGAUGCUUGUCUGGCGGCCAGGGAAUUUGGACAUCAGCAGAUAUCACCCCAGGAGCAGCUGAAGAAAGCCACAGUCAUCCUAAACCCAGCAGCUUGUAGUGGGAAAGCCAACAACUUAUUUGAGAAGAAUGCUGUGCCUAUAUUACACCUGGCUGGUAUGGAAGUAACACUAGUAAAGACAGACUAUGAGGGCCAAGCAAAGAAAUUGAUGGAGCUGAUGGAGCAAACAGACAUGCUGAUUGUGGCUGGAGGGGAUGGCACUCUGCAGGAGGUUAUCACUGGCUUGCUGCGGAGGGCUGAUCACGAGUCGUUCAGUAAAACCCCCAUAGGAUUUAUCCCACUGGGCUCCCACAAUUCCCUGAGUGAGAGUCUGCACAUCCUCAGUGACAAUCAGGUGAAACACAUCACAUCAGCGACAUUGUCUAUCCUGCAUGGAGAAACGGUACCUCUGGAUGUGCUGCAAAUCAAGGGAGAAAAAGAACAGCCAGUGUUUGCCCUGAUUGGUCUACGGUGGGGGGCCUUCAGAGAUGUCGCUUCCACCAUCAAAAAAUAUUGGUACCUUGGCCCGUUGAAGAUAAAAGCAGCUCAUUGGUUCAGUACAUUACGGGAAUGGCCCCAGGUUCACGAGGCCUCUGUGUCCUACAUAGCCCCGACCCUUCGCCCUCCUGACCUGCCGGAACAAAAGCCCCAGCGCCCCAACCUAAUGUACCGCAUUGCCCGCAGACUGAAAAAUGACUGGUACCCACCUAUUCCAGCGUCUCCCAAAGUGGAGGAGCCAGAGAGGUGGGAUGAGAGAACGCUGUCUACUUUGGAGCUGUCAAUACAAACUCAGAACAAAAACCCUGUCCAGACGCGUAUUGAUGACUCCCUGCUGGUGUGUGUGGAGCCGGACUCCUUCACUGUGGGAGAUUUUAUCACUGUUGGGUAA